AAUGGAGAAGGUAAUAGAGUAUCUAAGGAAACAAUCUGAAAUAUUGCCAGAGAACAUCGAGAAAUUUAGAGAAGAAACUUCUCAAUAUCACAACUCAAACCCAGCGGUCGAUAUAUGGAACAAGAUCAGUCAGUUCAUCGAUCAGGCAGGUGAUAAUAACGAUGACUUCCUCAGAUUGCUGGAAGAAGAUUAUAAAAAUCUCUCUUUAUGUCUUUUCGCAAAUGAAAAUGACAUUCUUGAUGAUUUUGAUGACUCAGAUGAUAACUCUAACAAUUCUCCUCAUGAAGCUUACCAUAGGGAGUCUCAUCAGAAGUCUCAACAAUUUCAAAAGGAAGCUCCUGAAGAUCCUGAAAGCCGUAAAGAAACCCCAGAAGACACUCCAUUGGAGGAUAACAAACUUGUACAAGAGGAAGAAGAUGAAGAAGGAGAGGACUACAUUUAUGAUGAAGAUGAAGACCAGAUUCAAGACAGAGCUGUUACCCGGCAAAACGAUGAUGAUAAUAAUAGCGCCAAUGAAGAUAGCUACGACCCUUUGAAUACUGAUUUUAAAGACUCAAAUACAAACAAUCAAGGAAGUGAUCAGAGGGCCUUUGUAAAUGAUGGUCUGAAAUUUAUAUCUAACCCUCAGAUAAACAAGCCUAUUGAUCCAAGACUGAUGAACCAGCAGGAUAGAGAAUUGAAAAACAUGAUGAAAAAUCCAAUGUAUCAAAUGUUGAAAAAUAUGAACCCACAAACAUUGUCUAUGAUGGGCAAUGUGCAAAAGAGGAUGAUGCCAUACCCUCAAAUGGGUGGGUUUCCUCCUAAUCCUCACAUGGCUCCUCAGAUGGCUCCUCAGAUGAACCCUAGAAUGCCAAAUAUUAACCCUCAAGGUAACAUUAAUGCUAAUCAAAACUUUCAAAUGAAUCCAAACACUGCAAAUCAAAUGAAUUCUUCGGGUCAGAAGAAUGAAGGUGCAAAGAGGAGGAAAGUGCAUAACCCUUGCUCUAUUUUAGUCAGGAAUAUUCCUCCAGCUAAAAACCGGAUAGAAGUCCUGGUGGCUUACUUCAGUAAGUUUGGAGAAGUCACAAAUGUGAGCAGGAAUGUUAACAAAAGCAGUGCUGUGAUUAUCUUCGAGCAUGUUUCUAAUGCCCAAGAUGCUUAUGCAUGCCAAGAACCUGUCAUGGAUGAGCCUAUGAUUCAACUGUGAAUGUCCCAAAACACAGACAAAAAUUCUUCAGAUAAAGGACCAAAUAAGCCAGAAAGCUCCUCUCAAAAAGCAAAGAUAGGUCAAAAUCUUAGAUUUGAAAGCGAAGGUGUGAGGAAAAACAGGGAAGAAAAAGAGAAGAAAAAGCAGAUUAAGAAGCAAAGAGAGAAGGACAUCCAAGACCUUAACUCUGAGCUUAUGGAUCUCAUCAAGCACACUAAUACAGACCUCACUCAGGAAGAGAAGGAUAUCACUAUGACAAGGAUUAAGACUAUCAAGGCAGAAAUCAACCAGAAAAUUAAGGAGAGGCAGAAUGAAGAAACAAAGGAAAAGGAAGAAAAGUAUAAAGCGGUUUCAUUAAAGAAAAAGUCUAGUUCAUUCAACUCCUCCUACGUAAGUGAGAAGGUAAAGAAGAAAGUUAUUGUUAACAAAUGUUUUGAGCUUGAGCUGAAGAUCACAGAUCAGAGUAUUAUGAAAAAGCCUAAGCUCAUAUUUGAGAAACUUAAAGUAGUUGCUCCAGGUAUUUCUGACUGUAGACCAACUAUCAACGAUACGGUAAAGGUUAAAUUACUCCAUGCCAAUCAGGAGAAGCUGAUGAAGGAUAUCGAAGGAUUGAAUUCCUUUGAAAUCACGAAAAUAGAAGAAUCUAAAACAGAGAAACCCGCUCGCCAGUAUGGUGGAUAUAUUAGAAACAAGCCCAAAUACUACCACCAGGGAUAGAGAACUCAACAUCGUAAAUU